AUGACCCAGGAGCGAUCCUACGAUUUCAUUGUCGUCGGUGGCGGCCCGGCUGGAUGUACACUGGCUGCGUCUCUGGCAAGCUCCGCCAAGAAGCCAAGCGUAUUGCUUCUAGAAGCCGGCGGGCGGAAUGAGGACAAAUCUCUGCGGGUCGAUGGAAAGCGCUGGAAGACUUUCAUGAAAGAGAAUAUGAAUUGGGGGUCCCAUACAAGCCCGCAGGAGCACUGCAACGGCCGUCAACUCGAUUACUCGCGCGGUAAGGGGCUCGGGGGCGGCUCUGCGAUCAAUUUUGGAGUCUACACUGUCGGGGCACGAGACGACUAUGAUCUAUGGGCCGCCAAGGUCGAUGACGAGACUUUUGCCUGGGACCAAAUGCAGGCGCGGUUCAAAAGACUGGAAACAUUUACUGGCACAAUUGAUGUCCCAGAAAACCAGAAGUACAGUCAGUCGGAACCCGCAUGCCAUGGCAAUAAAGGUGGCCUGCACGUUGGCUACGCCAAAGACUGGGAUUCAGAUUUGACAACAGUGCUGGAUGCAUUCGAAGCAGCCGGGGUCCAGCGGAAUCUUGAUCACAACUCUGGUAAUCCCCUUGGGUUCGGACUUUGUAUCAAUUCCGCUUCGAAGGGCAUGCGAUCAACCGCUGCUGAUCUGUUGACUGAUGUCUCGGAUAAUUUGGUCAUUCUCUGCGAUAGUCCAGUUCAACGCAUUGUAUUGGACAAGAAUAAGGCUGUGGGAGCCGAAGCUAAUGGCACACAAUAUUCUGCUUCGAACGAGGUCAUCCUCUCAGCAGGAUCGCUUGAAACCCCCAAGAUUCUGAUGCAUUCUGGCAUCGGUCCUGCCGACGAACUACGCAAGUUUAACAUUUCAGUCAUUCACGAUCUACCAGCCGUAGGCCAAGGUCUCCGUGACCACAUCUUUGCCCCACUUAUUGUGAUGCGCAACCCCGAAAGCAACGACCGCAAUUCUUUCUAUCAAGACGAAGUAGCCAUGGAGGCCGCGAUGAAACAAUGGGAAAGAGACAGGACCGGUCCAUGGACACGUUAUGGCUGUCAAUUAGGGAUCGGCUGGUUCAAAUCCGACCGAGUAACAUCCUGUGAAGAGUUCAAGGCUUUGCCUGGGUCUGUACAAGAUUUCAUGAACCGCGAGACCAUUCCGCACUACGAGAUUAUUAGCCAUUUCCCCGUGCAUUUCACCUUUCCGCAGCUCUUCCAAGAUUACAGCUACAUCUGCCUGCCUGUGUUCUUGAUGAACGAGCAAUCUGUUGGAGAGGUACAAUUGCAGUCGUCCGAUCCUAAUGAGCCACUUUCGUUCAAUCCCAAGUAUCUCGAGCAUCCAUUUGACCGGCGAGCAUGUAUUGAGAUUUACCGUCAUCUUUGGGACCUGACCCAGCACCCAUGUUUUACUAAGGAUACGGUCUCCACCAUAAUGGCACCGGCAUCCCAUUCCGAUGAGGAUAUUCUUCAGUUCUGGAAAAAUAACCUGUCAUCCAGUUGGCACAUGACGGGAACCGUGAAGAUGGGGAGAGAUGGUGCCAGUGAUGCCGCUGUCGACAGUCGCUUCCGCGUCUUUGGGGUGGAAAGACUACGUGUGGCUGAUAUGAGUGUGGUACCAGUUCUAACCAACAAUCACACCCAGGCCACUGCUUAUAUAACUGGAGCCACAUGUGCCGAUGUCUUGAUCCGCGAAUAUGGCUUGAAUGAAUAG